GUGAUCUUCUCAAACUGCGCCACAUGGCGCCGAUACCUGCGCUGGAGCACGUCUCCAACGCCUUGGUCACUUCAUCACAGCUGCUCAAGCUCAAAAACGUCGAGGACGACGAAAGUCUGACCGUGUGGUUCGCCCAUUUCCAGUUGACCUCCGCCGCUGGGAUCCUCCUCCGCCUGAUGCAGGAAGUCACUGCCCAUGCCAUUGUGCUGCUUCAGCGGUUCUUGGUGUCUUCUACCCCAGACAACCGUCGAAACUUCAGUCCCAAGAACUACUCCGCCGCUGCCAUCUACCUUGCCGCAAAACUAUCCGCGACACCGGUCUCGCCUCGAUCAGUCAUUAACGUCUACGCCUACCUCACGUCCGAAGCCUCGCCGCUGAGAUUUAUCAACCCGGCUGGGGCCCCCACGGAUGUCAAACCUCAGAGUUAUUUCGUGUCCGAGGGAACCUACGAAAGAGAGAGACAGAGGUUGUUCGUGUGCGAAAGUAUGAUACUGGUCGGCCUGGGGUUCGACACACGGGUCGUGCUCCCCUACAGUCUUGCAUUUACAUACAUGCAAGCCCUGGGUGUAUCCGCCACCAAGCUGGCCCAGAGGGUCUUGGAACAUUUGAACGCUGGCCUUCUGUCACCCCAGCUUCUCCACCUCACCCAUCAACCCAAUGCGCUGGCGGUGGGAGCAAUCUAUUUGGCGGCACGAGAGACUGGUGUCAAGCUGGUCGAACAGAAUUGGUGGGAAGUGUUUGAUGUUGACCGGGAGGACCUGGGCUUCCUCGUCCUGUCUUAUGGGAGCAUGGCCAAUUUUGCCCAAGCUGCAAUGGACAAGUGGAAGGACGGGCCUUUGCCACUGGACUGAGCUCACGAUUUCGAUCCUGCCUUCGAACUCCCCCCAGCGCUCUCAAUGCCCCGGUCCACGGUAAACGACACAAUCCAAAGGUGCUCAGCGGCACAACGUUACCGUGAUGUGCUUGUUUCCAGUUUUUAGGAUUGAGGUCUCAGCACCAAUGACUUUCGCCCCAAGCCCUCCCAUACUGAUCUAUCCACAUAGCCUCUAUCCCAAGGUUGGACGCAGUGCCGAAAGCUGCAAGGACUGCACCCUCUUGCCUGCACGUGUCCACCUAGUCGAAGACGCCUGCGCCGACGUCCUGAAACAACUUUGCCACGUUCUCGAACCUCUGAUUUUGCGUCUUCAUCUUCACGCACUCCAUCCACCAAGUCGGGGCUGCUCGGCGGAACUUUUGCAGCUCAAAUAUGAGGAGUUUCUGGAGGUCCCUUGUGCAGCACAAUCGGAUUUGGCGAUCGUAUUCUUCGUGCAGUUCCUCGGGGCUCUUGAACUUCUUCUUAACCAGCCCGUCGACGAUCUCCGAGCCUGCCUUGAUUAUCUCGUUUGCUUCCCGCCGUCCGUGUCUGCGGAAAGAUUGCAUGUGUCGCUGGACGAGCCGUUCUCCAUAUUUGCGAAUGAUGGCCGAGGCCUGGUGCUCGGGCAGAUGCUGGACCUUGGGUGGCAGUUUGUUGCCCUCGCCCUGGUAUUGUGUAUCGUUUGUCCACUUCUCGUUUCUGUCCCUGGGAAUACAAUUCUUCUUCACACAAUCGCCGUCUUCGCUUCCGGGACUGCGUUCUCGCUUGUGCUGAGACAUUGCUGGAACGUGGCCGAGACCAUCCUGUUGCGAAUAAAGAGCCGGCAUCGAUCGUGAGGUAGUCUGGGAGCUCGAGAGAUAUUUGGGCGAGGUGGCGAAAGAUGGGACUGCUGAUUCUGGAUGAGACAAACGGCUGGAGUCUGUCAACUGGGUGCUUGGGUGCAGCAUGCCUGGUGAAGAGCUCAGCCUGGCCACUGGCGAAGUGCUGGCCUUCGCUCCGCUAGGGUACUGCUUUGAUGAAUGACCGGCGGGGUCAGCUUGCUCCACCAGAGGCAAGGGAAGGUCGACUUCUCGCUCAGCAUGUCGGUUGCCGGCAGUCGAGAUCUCAGUCGCCUCACCUCGACCUAGAUUAGAGAAUUGUUCAGUGCCUGCCGUGACUCGCCCAGCUCCUGUGACUUCAUCAACUGCGUGCGCCUUCUCUUGGACUUGACUAUCCGGCCUGGCGCGCCGCAGCCGAAGUUGCAGCCUCUUACGAUCGAGGUCAAGUUGACGCUGCUCGAGUUCAAGCUCUUCGAGCUCAGCGUCGAAAAGCUCCUUGUCGUCCAUUGUUCAAGGUCACCUAUCUGAGGAUUGGCACGCUCAUAGAGCAGUGCGGUCAAGGUGAGGUGAGGUGAAACGGAGUGCGAGCUGUGCCCAGGGCCAAUUGCCAGGCCUUGAGUGUUUGGCAUGAGAUGAGUGGAAGAAGGGAAAAAGUGAGGACCAAAAGUCGAAUAUAUACCCAAGUACAUGAUAUGGGGAGACGACCAAUAUGAGCGCCGAGAACUCGACCAUGUCGUUCUGCUGCAUACCUACCUAGGUCGGUAUGUUGCAUUGCCUCUGUCGAAAGCCUAUCCUGCCACUCUCAUGGCUCGUCACUGUUGAAAACACUGGUUUGAGCAACUCCUUGUAAUUAUCUCUAUGGGAAGACAGCCGCACUAAUGAAAACAAUACCAGAGGAGGUAGACCUCUCAAGAUCG